CUCUCACCGAGCGGCAUCAUCUGAUCUUUAAGCGAUUUCGGACAAAGAGGCUGGUACUUCAUAUUUAUACUUCGACUGAACGAAACAAUCAAAAUUUACGGUCAACACGAUCCCACACUUACUAUCAUCAUGCCUGGAACUCCUGAGGCCAGUCAGUCAGGAACAUGGCGGAAGGAGAUUGAAACGACCUUGGAGGCAGUAAAGCAACUUAUCAGCAGAUCCGUUGCUCCCAUACCAUCCACACCCUACGCUCCGUCCAAUGAGCCAGAUCAAAAGAAAAUGACCAGUCUCCUGACUGAUCUGAGAAAGAUUGGAUUCCAAGAUGUCGAGACUCUACUGCAAUUAUUCAACUCCCAAGCCAAAGGCUCGCAAGACGACAACAAAUUCGUGCUGGAGCACUUGGUUCAGCUCCUUGCUAAGCUCGACGAUAAUUCGAACAUCGCAAAUCAGCUAACUGGCGGCUUCAUCAAUGGUCUUUGGAAUGCAUUGCCUCAUCCUCCAUUGACUGGUUUGGGCACGAAGUAUCAGUAUCGUGAACCAGAUGGAUCGAACAACAAUAUCAGAUUCCCGGAUCUUGGAAAAGCGAAGACCCCAUAUGCGAGAAGUGCGAAACCUACCAUUUUACAGAAUAUCGCCCUUCCAGACCCCGGCGCUAUCUUCGACAGCCUUAUGGUGAGGGGUGACACAUUCGAGCCUCACCCAAACAAGAUUUCCAGCAUGCUUUUCUAUCUUGCGACCAUCAUCAUUCAUGAUGCUUUCAGGACGAACCACGCAGAUUUCAACCAGUCAGAUACCAGCAGCUACUUGGACUUGGCUCCAUUGUAUGGAAGCAUCGAGGACGAGCAAAAGCUUGUCAGAGCCUUCAAAGACGGCAAACUCAAGCCCGAUUGCUUUUCAGAAAAGAGACUUCUCGGCUUCCCUCCAGGGGUAUGCGUCAUGCUAGUGAUGUUCAACAGAUUCCACAACUACGUAGUUACACAACUUGCUGCCAUCAAUGAGAAUGGACGUUUCACAAAGCCAAAAGAUGACGACACUAAGGGAUUGGCGAAGUAUGACAAUGACCUCUUCCAAACGGGUCGUUUGAUCACUUGUGGAUUGUACGUCAAUUGUGUGUUGAAAGAUUAUGUCAGGACGAUCUUAAAUUUGAAUCGUACGGCUUCGAAGUGGGAUCUUGAUCCGAGAACGGAUGAGGGGAAGACGCUGUUCAGCUCACCUGCUGCUGAAGGAACUGGAAAUCAAGUCUCUGCCGAGUUCAAUCUGAUCUACAGGUGGCAUUCGGCUGUCUCGAAGAGGGACGAUGAGUGGACUCAAGGUGCUUACGCAAAACUUUUCCCUGGCAAAUCAGCUUCUGAGGUCGGUCUCGAUGAGCUUCUUCGCGGCUUGAUCAUGUUCGAGAAGCAGCUUGGAGAUGAUCCACUUGCACCAAGCCGUAACUUUGGCGGUUUGACGCGUCAAGAAGACGGAUCUUACAACGACGACGAUCUCGUGAAAAUUCUAUCGGAAUCGAUUGAAGACGUCGCCGGAUCAUUCGGAGCCAACAGAGUCCCAAAGAUUCUCAAGUCUGUCGAGAUUCUAGGUAUAAUUCAAGCUCGAUCAUGGAACAUCGCUUCUCUCAAUGAGUUCAGAGAGUUUGCUGGUCUUCAGAAACACGCUACGUUCGAGGAUAUCAACCCCGAUCCUGCUGUCGCUGAGAAGUUGCGCAAUCUAUAUGAUCAUCCAGAUUUCGUGGAGAUGUAUCCUGGUCUUGUCGCUGAAAAGGCAAAACCUCCAAUGGCCCCCGGAUCUGGCCUCUGUGUCAAUUUCACCACUUCGUAUGCCAUUCUAUCAGAUGCCGUUGGUCUUGUGAGAGGUGAUCGUUUCUACACUAUUGAUUACUCGCCAAGAAAUCUCACCAACUGGGGAUACAAUGAAGUCCAGUACGACACUUCAGUUGACGAGGGAUGCGUCUUCUACAAGGUCAUUCUUCGAGCGUUCCCGAAUCACUUCAAGGGCAACUCCAUUUACGCACACUUCCCUUUCGUUGUCCCAAGUGAAAACUUGGUUAUUCAGAAGUCACUGAACAGAGCAGAUAAGUAUUCUUAUGAUCCUCCUGCUCGUCAACCACCAGCCGUCGUCCUCGGUACGUAUGCUGCCGUAGAUAAAGUCCUCAAAGGGGAAACGAAUCUCAAGGCAGAACAUGCUCUAGCUGGCCCCAGUCCUUCCAACAAAGCACUUGUCAAGGGUCUCUACCCCAAAGACUGGCAAGUUGAAGUGAAGAAGUUCUACGAGGAAACCACAGCCAAACUACUCAAGACAUAUAGCUACCCAGUUCCCGGCACCAAGAAGCGACAAGUAGACAUUGUACGCGACGUUGCGAACCUCGUCAGCGCUCGCUUCGCAUCCUCAGUCUUCAGCCUCCCAAUCAAGACGGAAGAAUGUCCCCGUGGCGUCUACACCGAACAAGAGAUGUAUCAAAUCCUCCUGAUCAUUUACACCUCCAUCUUCGACAACAGAGAUGUAGCGAAGAGCUUCCAGAUCAGCGAAGCUGCCCACAUGCUUGGGAAGCAAAUGGGUGAACUAGUUUUGUUGAAUGCGCAAGCAAUUUCCAGUUCCGGAUUGAUUGCUGAUGUCUUGGCAAGCUUGCAUAAGUCGAGCGGGUUGACGGAGUAUGGAACUCAUCUGAUCAAGACUUUGGUUGAGAGCAAGAUUCCAGUUAAAGAUGUUGUAUUUAGUCAUCUACUUCCUACAGCUGCAUCAAUCACGGCUACGCAUUCUCAGACCUUCAGUCAAGCAUUUGACUACUACCUUGGAGCUGGAGCAUCACAUCUUCCGAAGUUGUAUCAGCUGGCUCAAAUGAACACCAAGGAAGCUGAUGAUACACUCACGCACUAGUAAGUCGCCAUUCCAUCGUGAGCGAAGUCCUGCUAAUGUA